AACUGCGAUUUUAUACAUCGAACUAUUUCCAGAAUUUUCUUGAACUUCGAAUGCAUUUUUAAAUCCAAUUUCAUUUAUUUCUUGAACUAUUACCCUAAACUCCAAAUUUAGCUUACGCCACUUUUCUCUUCAAUUGAACCCCUUCUCCUUAAGCUCCGGCACAGCCUCCGUCCGCCUCUUCUCCAGCGCCAGCACCACCUCUUCCCUCUGUUCAGGCGCCGUCUCUGCCCUCUGCUCCGCGCAUCGACCGACUGCCGGAUAAUCGGAUCAAAAAAUUUUGGCUCCUGGACACAGCCAUGGCAGCUGGUACUUCUUCCUCUUCGUCAAUUUUCUCUCGCAAGAACUCCCGCCCGCGCCCGCCUGAUGACACCGUCUUCUACUCCAUCUACCCGGACUCAUGCCUCUCUUCCUCCUCCGCCGAAGACCUCCACUCUCUCCAUCUCCAAAUCCUCAACUAUGUCCAACCGCUAACCGCUCCAUACAUCUGGCAGCACCAGCCCUUUUCUCUUUCCAUAACCCCCGCACCCGUCCCUCACCUCUCCGGCCACCUCCGCUUCGGCGACAAUCUCGAAGACGAGUGGUUCGUUGUUCACAUCCUCUUCGAAAUCUCCAAAAAAUUCCCCAGUUUAUCCAUCCGCGUUUGGGAUUCCGACGGCGAGUUUCUCUUGAUUGAGUGUGCAUUUCACUUGCCGAAAUGGCUCAAUCCGGAGACCUCGACCAACCGCGUCUUCCUCCGCAGUGGCCGCCUCCAUAUACUCCCGCCGUCGAGCUUCCGGGAGACUCCUAACCUGGAGGACGCUUUGCGAUUUUUAGCGAACCAAGACGGCAAAGAUUCCUCAAAAAGUGACCCAGAUGCUGUUCAGUUGCACUUGAACAAGAAAAUCAGUGAGUAUCCGGAGCAUGCUUAUAGAAACGUCCACAAAGUGAGAGUCUUAGUGCCGGUUUCCGUGGCUUGGGUGCUGAGGCAUGAGCCCUGCUUGAUAUCAUUGUCGGUUGAGGGGUUUUAUGAUAGGGACAUUGAUAGUAUGAAGUAUGCUGCCAGAAUGGAGAGGCUUCUACCGAGGGGGAAGCAGGAGGAGAUGGUGGAGGUGGUUGUGAGGAUGUCUAAGGCAAUGUAUGCUCAGUUGGUGCAGCAGAAGUUUCAGGCUCCCGCUUGCUAUCCAAUGCCGGAGAGGAGUAAUGUUGCCAAGUAUUUGGAGGCAGAGCUCGGGAUGAAGAUCGCUUGUGGGUUUGAGAUGAUGUAUCAAAUGAGAAAGAAGCAGGGGAUUGAAGGGAAGGGGAGCACAUGGGAAGCCUUUAGGGAGAGUUUGGAGAGUAGCGGUUAUUUUAAGGGGUUGUUGCCUGGUUCAAACGAAUACAAAACCUUGCUGGAGAAGGCAGAGGGGUACUAUCAAAAUAGUUCUUUGUAUUCUAGAGCCAGUGAGGUAUUGAGUGAACCUGUGAAACGCAUGGACGAAAUUCUUGCCCUUCCACAUUCAGCUGAUGGUUUCAAGAGUCUGGAGCUUCCUCCAUCGGAUGAUGACUCAUGGCUUUAUGGAGGAGAAGAUGAACUGAAUGCUGCUCUUCAGGAAAGGCAAAAGGAGAUGGACUUUUUCAAUUCAAAACAAAAAAAGAAACAUAAGUCUAAAGAGCAGGAAGACCAGGGUUUAGCAUCUGGCCAAGAUGUUGAUGAGUAUGAUCUUGGGGGGAUUGCUAAAUCCAUGCAGUCAUUUAUUGAGAAAAUGUCAAGCUACAAGGGAGCUGAGCUUCCAGAUGACAUGAACUUGGAAGAUGUGGAUUUGGAUGUUGAUCAGUUUAUGAAAGACAUGGAAUCAGUAAUGGGACUUCGUGGUUCUGACAAAAAUGACAGUGAUAUUGACCUCGAAGAAGGAUCAUCAUCAGAUCUUGAUUUUGAUGACUAUGAAGAAGGGAGUGAGCAUGCAGAUGAUACUGAUGAAGAUGGAGAGAAUGAGUUCAUACAUUCCUAUUCAGAUGCCCUAAACAAGGAACUGAAGGCUACUACACUGGAUAAAACCUUUGUUCAUGCCAAUGAAGAGAGCUCUAAGAAGAAAGAUGAGGGAACGUCGAAUGUGGAUGAUGAGAUGGAAGAGUUAACUCCGGUGGAUGUAGAUUUCAACCUAGUAAAGAAUUUCCUCGAAUCCUAUUCUUCUCAGGAAGGACUGUCGGGCCCUGCCUCCAAUCUUCUCGGGCUUAUGGGUUUAAGGUUGCCGGAUGAUGUUGGCAAAGGCAAAUGAGUUGAAUCUAUAUCUACUGGUCGAUUAUAUGAGUUGCUUAUUAAGCUGGUAUGUACACGUUCAAGUCCAGCCAUUAUGGAGUAAUUCACAAUAACUGCUUUGAAAUCGUUGUUACAGUAGUAUUAUAAGCUUUUUUUUGAAGCCAUUUAUACAUCUACAAAGAGCUUUUGCUUUGUAAA